AUGGUCGAGCUCGAUGACGAAAGUGAUAUCGGGCGGAUUCCAACAGCGAUGGAGCUGAAAAAGAAAGCAACUCAAGAGUCUGCACUAGCAGAAUUCUUCAAAAACCCGCUACAACCUUUCGAAAAUCCAAUUAUAAAAGAAAACACGGAUAGAUACCGAGAUAGAGACAAACUCAAUAAUGCCGCUCUUCUUCAAGUCCUCGGGAAGCUAGGGAAGAAACAAGAUCAGAAAAUGGUGACGAUGAUGGAAAUUAGUCAAGUCUAUUUUUACACUAUUCCCCUGAUUACAGUGGAAAUCAAGAAAGAAAUGCGUUUUCUUACAAACUCGACGCCUUUGAAGCGAGAAAGUCGCUUCGAAAAGCACUGGAGCAUACCGACGCCAAAGCAGAAAGAGUUUCUGACCGUGCACAAAAUCAAGCUGCCAAAAGCGCUUUGGGUAGACUGCGACCGUUGUAAUACCGAAAGCGUUACCUCAGAUGCUCAAGAAGUUAUCGAAUCCUGCUUAUGUGGAGAUACUGGGCUGAUCGAUUGUUACAUUUGCGCUGGAAGCGGGCGAAUUCAAGAUUUCAAACAAAUUAACCGCACGACAAUUAAUAUCAUAUCUGGCCCAGACGGACAAGAUGAAGAAGUCGAGGACACUGAAGUGAUCGAUGAAAUGGACGAGUCCGAAUGUGAGCUGUGUCACGGAGACGGAAAGUUGCCUUGUGAGUCUUGCUCUGGAAACGCUGACAAUAUUUGUCGGAGCUGCGCAAAUGGCGUUCACCGAGAACUGAAAAUUCGAACACAGUACUCUUUCGCAACGAAGCUUGCGACCUCAAACUUCAUCGAUCAAGAAAUUACAAGUUGGAUCGAAGGGUUGCGCCCGCGCGGCCAACCGGUUCAGAUCGACUUGCGCAGUCUGAACGAGCGCACAGCAAUGAACAGAAAACUCAAACAGAAAGUGGACAAAAUGGCGGAGGAGAUCAACAGACGGAUGGAUUCCAAUUCACUCACACAAGCAAAAAGCUGUGAAAAAAUCGUUGUAAUGGAUGCAGAGAUUGUAAAACUGGCACUGAUUCCAGUGCACGUUAUUGAAUACAAAUAUCUCGGAACAAACAAGAAGAAGACUUCAGGUCUUGGCCGUUGCAUAAUUGCUGGUCGUGAUUGCAAAAUUAAGUCGAUUCUUCGUCCAGAAGAAAUUAAAUCUACUGAAAAAUUCAUCCGAAGAGAUAAUCGAUUUAAAGAAGUGGCGAAGCGAAUGAGAAGAAUUGCGUCUGUGCGCGAUGAGAACGGAGAAAUAACUGGGGAUCCCCGCUCGAUCCGGCAGAUGGAUAUUCGCAGAACAUUUUCUGUGCCCCCAUGGAAUUUUGAAGGGCAGCAUAACACCGAGCACGCACGGGAUUUACAAUAUUAA